UGCCCCGGCUCUCCGGUUGCUCCGGCUUUGGGUGCCUGUGGGCUCCGGCUAGCUGUCCCCGCUCCGAGUGCCUACCUUCCCGUCGCCAGCAUGGAAGCUCGCCGCGCGCGGCAAAAGGCUCUCAAAGUAAAGAACUUAAAGAAUGUCAGAUAUAUGAAGAUGAUUUCCAUGGAAACGUCGUCAUCCUCUGAUGACAGUUGUGACAGCUUUGCUUCUGAUAAUUUUGCAAACACAUUUGACAGGGUAGGCUGCAGGACCCGAAGUCAGUGUCGGCACUCCGGGCCUCUCAGGGCAGCAAUGCAGUUCCCGGCACGACGCACCCGGAGACCAGCCAACAAAAAUGCAGUCCCCGCAGAGCCCCCCGAGAACUCUGCAGUCGACUCCCAUUCUGACUCCGAAGAAGAAGAUGGCGUGAACUUCCUGGAGAAAAGGGCUUUAAAUAUAAAGCAAAACAAAGCCAUGCUUGCAAAACUCAUGUCAGAACUAGAAAGCUUUCCUGGCGUAUUCUCAGGAAGACAUUCCCUCCCAGGCCACAGAUCCAAGGAUUCAAAGGCACCUAGGAGACGCACAUUCCCUGGCGUGGCUUCCAGGAGGAACCCUGAGCGCAGGGCCCGACCUCUUACCAGGUCAAGGUCUCGUAUCCUGGGGAGCUCAGGUGCUCUGCCCAUGGAGGAGGAGGAAGAAGAGGAAGAGGAUAAGUACAUGCUUGUGAGAAAGAGGAAGCCUGUGGACGGCUACAUGAAUGAUGAUGACGCGCCCAGAGGUCGACGCCCUGGGUCCAUGACCCUUCCACACGUCAUUCGCCCAGUAGAGGAAGUCACAGAGGAGGAGAUCAGGAACAUCUGCAGCAACUCUCGGGAGAAGAUCUAUAGCCGCUCGCUGGGUUCUACUUGUCAUCAGUGUCGACAGAAAACCAUCGAUACCAAAACAAACUGCAGAAACUCAGACUGCUGGGGCAUCCGUGGCCAGUUCUGUGGUCCCUGCCUUCGAAACCGCUAUGGGGAAGAGGUCAAGGAUGCGCUGCUGGACCCGAACUGGCACUGCCCGCCCUGCCGAGGGAUUUGCAACUGCAGCUUCUGCCGCCAGCGUGACGGGCGGUGUGCCACCGGAGUCCUCGUGUACUUAGCCAAGUAUCAUGGCUUUGGGAACGUGCAUGCUUACUUGAAAAGCCUGAAGCAGGAAUUUGAGAUGCAAGCAUAGAGCCUGAAGAUUCCCGCUGCCCGCCUUCGGCUUCUCAAGGCUCCUGCUCUUGAUGUUGUCACUGAUGGAGGCCCGAGUAAGAAUCUUGGCGCUCAGUCUGUCUUAGAACUCAGUGCGGUUAAUCUCGUUAGACUCACACUUGUUUCUGAAACGUCACGGAAGACAUACUGCUAGCUACGCUCCGGCUACGUGUAGUUUUCAGAGCUUGCCCUGUCUCCCUCGUCCCAUGGUCCUUUGACACCGUUUAGUUUCCAAGAUCCUUCUAAGCGGCAGUGUGAAAAAGCGUUGGUCUGUUUGGUGUUGGAAGAGUCUCGGGACAUACCCAGCGCUUGGGUACAGUAGUAGUGCCAUCCAACAGUUGUGAUGAAUUUCAGAGAACGCCCUUUAACUCGUUUACACAGAACCCACGUAGGCGCUUCGGGGUCUGGUGUUCAUGCCGGCUGGUGUUUUAAAUGGAAAAGAGCAAAGCACACAGGGCUGGAAAUGAGUACGUUUUGGGAGGUGGAAUUAGCACAUGAGUGGCCUUUUGGAGAAAUAAAACUCCUGUGUGUUGUGACUGGGUUGCUGCUGAGACCGUCUUUAAAGUUAGAGUGGUUAAGUCAUCGUCUUAUACAGUCACCCAGAGCUUAAAUUGCUGUACGAAGGGCAUUCUGGAAAAUUAAGAUGAUGAGACUGGAACGGGCUGAUUUGAAAUCUUAGUGUCAUGCUUCAGAAACUUGAUUUUAAUAACUUCGCUUUGGUCCUGGCAGUUUGCUGAAGAAGUUACCCUGAGGGUGGCAUCUGGGGUUUCUGCUUAGGUUUUAGACACUUUUGUAACAAUGAGACGUGACCUUUUAGAGAUGGGUAGCUUUGAACCACUUGUUAAUGAGUUGUUUGCCAAUUCAGCUGCUGGGUAGGUACCAAGUCAUUCUCUUGCCCCUUUUUCCUUUAUUUCUGUUCGUUGCGUGUGGGUGGUCUCUUAAGUAUGGAACCUGUUGCUGUGCCCAUGGUCUGUGAUACUCAGUUGGAUCUUGAAUCAUUCAGUGUAAAUACAGCUUUUGCUCUUAAUGCUUCUAUACAAAGGUUUUUAUUUUAAUAAUAAAACAUUUUGUUCUAACUUA